AUGCCGGAAAAGAUUCCACCGGUUGCGGUGGCCCAGUCGUCGUUUGAUGUGCAGAAGAAGUCUCGAGGUUGCCGCCCCAAGCCUGCGCUCAUCAUAGCCCUCGGAUUUCUCGCCGCCACAUCUGUCUGGCAUGGGUUCCAACGCCAAAGGUACGGGCCAGGCGGCUUCGGACCGGUGGGUAGCGACGGCAAGCACCUGUCGUGGAGCUGGGAAGACGUCGAGCCGAGCCGUUCGUUGGCGUGGACCAAAUGCUACGACGUCUUCAAAUGCGCGAGACUUGAUAUGAAGGUGCCAAUGGACUGGCAAAGCCCUUCCGACGACGAGCGGGUGACACUAGGCAUUAUGAAGCUGCCGGCCAAGGCGACGACCGAUCGACUUCCGCCCGUAUUCGUGAACCCUGGUGGACCGGGUGGCUCUGGCAUCUACUUUAUGCAAAUCCUGGCUGCGCAGCUACAGAGGGUGGUUGGGGAGAAUCAGGACAUCAUCUCCUGGGACCCUCGAGGAGUCGGUGUUUCCACGCCCAGAGUCGAGUGCUGGGGAACAUCGCAGAAGCGGGAGCUGUGGUCGAUGCAGGACAAGGGCGUCAUUGACGAGCGUCCCGGUCUUAUCUACGAUACCUACUCCCGGGGCCUGGCCUAUUCCGGUGCUUGCGAAAGGGCACUCAACGACAGCGGCAUCCUUCUGCAUCUCAGCACGGCGUACCACGCUCGAGACAUGCUCGAAAUCCUCGACGGUACCGGACACCAAAAGCUUCGGUACUGGGGCUUCAGCUACGGCACCGCCCUCGGCGGCGCGUUUGCCGGCAUGUUUCCGGGUCGUGUGGAAAGGCUCGUCAGCGAUGGCAACGUCGAUUACAGAGAGUACUUUGGCACAGGGGCCCGCCACUACCUCGACGACGCAGACACCAUCUUCGACGCCUUCGACUCCGCAUGCCACGGCGCCGGGCCCAAGAAAUGCGCCCUUUGGGCAUCCACACCGGGCGCUAUCCAGAAGCGCCGUACCGACCUCCUCGAGAGGCUCAAAAGGCGACCCAUCAUUAUUCCGGCGCAGUCCCGCGAGUCCGGCCCGGAGAUGCCGGAGCAAGUCACGUAUACCAAGCUCCAGCGGAUGACGCAAGGCCUCGUGUACGCCCCGAUCUGGACCUUCAAAACCAUGGCGCAAGUCUACGCCGCCCUCGAGGCAGGCGAUGGACUGCCAUACUAUGACCUCGCCACGGCGAUGAAAAACAGUCCGGGAUCGGAGCUGCUGUGCGAGCGUACGGAUACGCCGGCGACGAGACCGCGAGAGACGCAGGAGGAGCAGGAUGCCUUCCCGGGAAUCAUGUGCUCCGACUCGGACGGGUCCAUGACGUCUCUCGGAGACUUUGAGCAGUUUGCCGAGACGUUGAGCGAGAGCAGUCGGUGGAUGGGUGCGGCCUUUGCCGACCUCGGCGCGGGCUGUGCGGGAAGAUCGAUCCGACCUAAGUGGCGUUUUACGAUCGACAUGAUCAAGCAGGAUACCGACUUUCCGAUCCUCUACAUCGGCAACUUGGCUGACAACGUCACGCCCCUGCAAAGCGCGCGCAAUAACUCGGCCCUCUUUCCCAGCUCGGUCGUAUUGACACAAAAGUCGUACGGCCACUGCUCGCUCGCCGCGCCAUCGACGUGCACUCUGAAGCUUGUGCGCGCCUAUUUUCAAAACGGCACGGUCCCGUCUCCAGGGACGGAGUGUGAGCAGGACUUUGACCUGUUCGAGUUGCCCACGCCAGAGGAGUUGGCCAUGAAAGCUGGGCAACAGGAUGCCUUGUCGACGGCAGCGUACGAACUAUCUCUGGGAGGUGAUUUUCUGAUGCACCGCUUCAGGGUUCGGCCGUCGUAA